CGUCACUUCCGUUUACUGUCGGGCACCGCAGCGGAGUUCUGAGUACGGCGGUGAAGGGGCUGAAGGAGCUGAAGGACUACAGGCGGGGUGGGCGGGGGUGCGGAACGAGGAGGAAAUACCAUCACCGAGACGCCAGCCUGGACGUUCCCACCUCCUCCCACGCUGUCGGGUCCGAUCGGAGAGGGGUCACCGCCUCCUCCAGCCGUGGAGAAGGGGGGCGGAGCCCGACUCAGGAUCAUGGAUUUUCCCGGACACUUUGAACAAGUCUUCCAGCAGUUGAACUACCAGAGGCUCCACGGCCAGCUCUGUGACUGUGUCAUUGUAGUGGGGAACAGACACUUUAAGGCCCACCGCUCCGUGCUGGCAGCAUGCAGCACGCAUUUCCGAGCCCUGUUCUCAGUGGCGGAGGGGGAGCAGACCAUGAACAUGAUCCAGCUGGACAGCGAGGUGGUGACGGCGGAGGCCUUUGCCGCCCUGAUGGACAUGAUGUACACCUCCACCCUCAUGCUGGGGGAGAGCAACGUCAUGGACGUCUUACUGGCAGCCUCUCACCUGCAUCUGAACUCUGUCGUUAAGGCAUGUAAACAUUACCUGACGACCAGGACGCUGCCCAUGUCCCCCCCGAGCGAGCGCGUGCAGGAGCAGAGUGCCCGCCUGCACCGCUCCUUCAUGUUACAGCAGCUCGGCCUGAGCGUGGUGAGCUCCGCCCUCAGCUCGAGCCAGAACGGCGAGGAGCAGCCGGCGCCGAUGAGCUCGGCAAUGCGCAGCAGCCUGGACCAGCGGACGCCCUUCCCCAUGAGACGGCUUCAUAAGCGGAAGCAGUCCGCAGAGGAGCGAGCCAGACAGCGCCUCCGGCCCCCCCUGGAUGAGGCUGCCAUUUCAGACACUGCCCCAGAGAAUGGACCGUCAGGGGUGCAUCCUCGGGAGGAGUUCUUUUCACCAGAUUCUCUGAAAAUCGUGGAGAACGCCAAGGCCGAUGGCAUGACCGACAGCCAGGAGGACACGACCAUGAUGUUCGAGCAGUCUUUUGGGGCUCAGGAAGAUGCCCAGGUGCCCAGCCAGUCUGACAACAGUACCGGCAACAUGGCACCACUGUCCAUGGCCUCUCGUGCAACGCAGGUUGAGACGAGUUUUGAGCAGGAAGCUGCAGCUGAGAAAAGUGGUUUCCAGUGUGAGAACCCAGAGGUUGGCCUUGGGGAGGAGCACAUGCGGGUGGUGGUGAAGUCGGAGCCCCUGAGCUCUCCCGAGCCUCAGGAUGAAGUGAGUGAUGUGACCUCCCAGGCAGAAGGCAGCGAGUCAGUGGAAGUAGAAGGCGUUGUGGUUAGUGCUGAGAAGAUAGACCUGAGCCCCGAGAGCAGUGAUCGGAGUUUUUCAGAUCCCCAGUCUAGCACUGACAGGGUGGGUGACAUCCACAUACUGGAAGUCACAAAUAACCUGGAACACAAGUCCACUUUCAGCAUUUCCAACUUCCUUAACAAGAGCAGAGGAGGUAACUUUAGCACCAACCAGAGCAACGAUGAUAACAUCCCAAAUACCACCAGUGACUGCAGGCUGGAGGGGGAGGCCUCUUACUUGUUGAGUCCGGAGGCUGGGCCUGCAGGCGGGCCUUCCUCGGCCCCUGGCACUCAUGUGGAGAACCCAUUCAGUGAGCCCACAGACUCCCAUUUUGUUAGGCCUAUGCAGGAAGUGAUGGGCCUGCCCUGUGUGCAGACUUCAGGCUACCAAGGAGGAGACCAGUUUGGGAUGGAUUUUUCCAGGUCUGGUUUGGGCCUCCACUCUUCCUUCUCCAGGGUGAUGAUGGGCUCUCCAAGAGGAGGAGCCAGCAACUUUCCAUAUUACCGCCGUAUUGCUCCCAAAAUGCCAGUGGUCACCUCUGUCAGGAGCUCCCAGCUCCCUGAAAACUCUGCCAGUUCCCAGCUAAUGAUGAGUGGGCCCACGUCCUCAUUUGACAACAGCCAUCCUUCCCAGCCUGGCCCGCCACAGUUGACCAGGGCCUCUGCUGACGUCCUGUCAAAGUGCAAGAAGGCCUUAUCCGAGCACAACGUCUUGGUUGUAGAGGGCGCUCGCAAAUAUGCCUGCAAAAUCUGCUGCAAGACGUUUCUGACCUUGACAGACUGCAAGAAGCACAUCCGUGUGCACACAGGGGAGAAACCCUACGCCUGCUUAAAGUGUGGCAAGCGGUUCAGCCAGUCCAGCCACCUCUAUAAACAUUCCAAGACCACCUGCCUGCGCUGGCAGAACAGCAGUCUCCCCAGCGCUCUGCUCUAAC